UCUCUGAUGCUGCAGCUUCCAGGCUCUGGGUGCAGGACAGAAAAGCUUCCCUGCUUCCACCAAAUUAACCCUGUAGUUCCCUGAGAUGGGGACAUGCUGAUUGGGAUAUUUUUGUCCUUGUUCUCAGUUGAAGUGAACAGGGUUACUGGAGCAGAACUGUUUGAAAGUCCUCCUAACAAGGCUUGUAAGCCUUUUCAGUGGCUGCACAAAAAUUACCAGCAGGCCCUGGCUCUAGUGUUUGCUAUAGAGGAGAUUAACAGGGAUCCCAGUCUGUUGCCCAAUACUUCCCUGGGAUUCCACCUCUACAACACCUACCACAGUGAUGAGAUGACCUUGGAGAGCUCUCUGCAGUGGCUGACUGGACAGGGCCAGUUCAUCCCUAACUACAGCUGCUGGGAGCAGGACACGUCUGUGGCUGUUAUUGGAGGAGCCACAUCAGCUCUCUCUGUCCAGAUGGGGUUGCUGCUUGACCUCUACAAGUUUCCACAGGUUACCUAUGGCCCAUUUGAUACCAUUCUUAGUGACAAAGUGAAGUUUCCUUCCCUCUAUCAAAUGGCCCUGAAAGACUCUUCUCUUCACCAAGGUGUUGUCUGCUUAAUGGUGUAUUUUGAAUGGAACUGGAUAGGAUCGGUUGUUUCAGAUGACAUGAGAGGUGAGGAAUUCCUCUGGGAAAUAAGAAAGGAAAUGGUAAAGAAUGGUGUUUGCAUGUCUUUCACAGAGAAGAUCCCUGUCAGUGAGAGAAGACACAUGGAAUCCCGUGAGACUUUCAUGCCCAGGAUCUUAACAUCAUCAGCCAAGGUGAUAGUCAUCCAUGGUGACACAGAUUCAUUAACAUUUCUGAGAUACUCACAAGUUCCUUUUUUCACAAUACAUAAGGUAUGGAUUGCCACAUCUCACUGGGACAUUACCAUGAGACACCUCUUUAUUGAAGGUUAUGCUUUCCAUGGGGCUCUCAUAUUUUCAUAUUUGACAAGUGAAAUUCCUGGGUUCAAGAAUUUUCUUAGGAGUGUUACACCUUCUAAAUAUACAGAUAACAUUUUACUUAGAGGAUUCUGGCUCUCAGCUUUUAGAUGCCCAGAACAACCUGAAAACCUAGAGCAAGAGAUAUGUUCACCAAAUGCUUCCUUGGAGACUUUGCCUCUGUGCUCUUUUGAUAUGAAUGUGUCUGGCUUGAGUUACACCAUCUACGAUACUGUUUAUGCCGUGGUUUGGGCUCUCCGUGAAAUAUUUGUAAGAAAAUCAGAAAAAAUAUCAACAGGAGAUGAAGACUAUUUAGUACCUCAUUCUUGGCAGCUUCACUCCACCCUGAACAACACCCAAUUUAAGAACAGUGCUGGUGACCAGGUGUUUGUGGAUGAAAGUAGAAGAUAUGAGGCUCAAUAUGCCAUUAUGAACUAUUUGUUCUUUCCUAAUGAGACUGAUGCUGUGGUGAAAGUGAGGCAAGCUCCUCUUGGUCAAGAUUUCACAAUUUAUGAGGGUGCCAUAGUGUGGGGAUUUUGGAAUUCAAAGGUUCCCUGUGGAGUAUGCAGUGACAGUUGUGGUCCAGGAUUCAGGAAGACCCCUUUGGAAGGGCAGGCUGCCUGCUGCUUUGACUGCUCCCCAUGCCCAGAAGGGGAGAUCUCCAGGCAGAUGGAUGCAGAGCAAUGUAUGAAGUGCCCAGAAGAUAAAUAUCCAAAUAAGCAGAGAGAUCACUGCCUCCCCAAGCUUGUGACCUUUCUGAAUGUGAAAGAACCUUUUGGGGUGACUUUAUCCUUUGUAGCUGUUUUCUUCUCUUUGUUGACACUUCUGGUUCUGGGGGUCUUUGUGAAGUUCCAGGACGCCCCCAUAGUCAAAGCCAAUAACCGGAAUCUCAGCUACACUCUCCUCAUCUCCCUUGCCUUCUGUUUCCUCUGCUCCUUGCUCUUCAUAGGCCAGCCUAGCACUGCUACUUGUCUUCUCCGACAAACAGUGUUUACAGUUGUGUUCACAGUGGUUGUUUCCUCCAUUUUGGCCAAAACCAUCAUAGUAGUUCUGGCUUUCAGAGUUGUAAGGCCAAGGAGCAGGAACCAGAUGCUGAUACACCCUAGAGUCUAUGUUGUUCUCAUCUGUUCAGGGACUCAAGUGAUUUUCUGUGGCAUCUGGUUGGAAACCUCUCCUCCCUUUCCAGAAGCAGAUGCACACUCUGAAUAUGGCCACACAAUCCUUAGAUGUAAUGAGGGCUCUGCCUUUGCAUUUUACUGUGUCCUGGGCUACAUGAGUUUUCUGGCCCUGGGAAGCUUUACCGUAGCUUUCUUGGCCAGGAACCUGCCUGAUACCUUCAAUGAAGCCAAGUUCAUCACUUUCAGCAUGCUAGUGUUCUGCAGUGUCUGGGCCUCUUUCCUCCCCACGUAUCAGAGCACCAAAGGGAAGGCCAUGGUGAUUGUGGAGAUCUUCUCCAUCUUGGCCUCCAGUGCUGGGUUACUGGGCUGUAUUUUUAUUCCAAAAUGUUAUGUGAUCCUCUGGAAGCCAGACCAAAAUACCCAGAAACAGAUCAAGAAUCACUGGGAUUCCAGAGACAAGAUUUUUUCUGGAGCACAGCCUGAUACUGCCAGUUCUGGGAAUAAUAGGCUUGAAGAAUAA